CCUUGCCGACGAGUGAGUGCUUCAGUAGGCUCGCGUACGCCGGCAGAUAUGGACGGGUCCUCGCGCGCGUUCUUGCUGACACUCGCGAUACUCGCGCUGGCAACCGCGAGCGCUCACUUAUCUUCGCACGAUAACAUUCUUAGGAUACAACUCUGGGACGCGGAGGGACUGAGCAGAGAGCCCAUAACGACUGCGGUCCCUUCACCAGAAACGACGAAACGCCACAAAUUGGAAGUGGACCUGGACUCUCUAUACAAAGCUAUGGUAGAAGAGAGUCACGGAGGUGGUUUCGGGCGCUUCACCAGGCAUAAAGUUCGACACAAGAGACGACGGCCCCGGCAGAGCGGGACCGACUUACCCUGGAGAUUUCAUUCGGGAUCGAAAAUGAUGAACGUUUUAGUUUACGAUUACGAGGAGCCGUGGGAUGAUAUCGAACGUAAGGGCGUCGUACAGCCCGCGAACGCGAGUGCAGUGAGUGAGAGUGGCAGUUUGGCAGUGAAUGAGGAACGGGAUGUGGGGCCGCCGAUGACGCUCCGGCAGCCCGCGGACGAGGACGAAGCAAAGGAGCUACCGGUGGUCCCGAAAUGUUGUCCAAGUGGCCAGAAUAUUUCUAUCGCUGUAGAAGACGGUGUUACGAAAACCUCCUGUGCUCGAUCUUCGUUGACUUUCCAACCGAUCUUCCAUAACGCAAACGACACGCACAUCUUCAGUUACGACAGCAACGUAUACGAGACUAUAGUCGGAAACCCGUGUAGUUACGAAAGAUAUAAAUUGGAACCGGAUAAAUACAGUGCAGACGAAUUUUACCUUUUAAUAAAUGGUUCGCUAUUCGUGCCCUAUAGUAAGAAACCAUUGCUCGGUACCAAAGAUUUUUGUAUGGAAACUUUUUGGAACGAAACCUAUCCGGCUGGGGUAACAUUGCCCAUGGUUUGCUUCACUACGCCUUUAGAAGAAACUAAGACUUCUGCCACUCUCAUCGUUUAUGCUACAGGACUUUUGAUAUCUGUACCGUUUUUACUGGCAACAGCAUGUGUGUAUCUAUGUAUAUGCGAGCUUAGAGACACACACGGCAAGGCUCUGGCGUGCCAUACAAUCUGUCUGGCGUUGGCAUUCAUAUGUUUGGCGACAACACAGUUGGCGGGCCAUGCUUUUCCUAGCACUGCCUGUAAUGUUAUGGCGUACAUCAUCCAGUUCUCAUUUGUCUCAUGUUUUUUCUGGUUGAAUGUGAUGUGCUUCGAUAUAUUUUUAAAUGUUAGGAGAUACGUAAAUUCAUCAGUAACCAGAAGAAGCAUGAGACGCCGUUUUGCCUGGUACUGCGCGUAUGCAGUACUGCUACCAGUAUUACUGUUGAUCAUCACGGUCACAAUGGACUUAUCGCCGGCUGUGCCAAGCACGUACCUCAAGCCCAACUUCGGAGUAGUGGGGUGCUGGUUUAAAACGGAUCAAGCAGCACUGCCAUAUUUCUAUGGGCCGGUAGCCGUGAUUUUGUUCAGCAACUUAAUUAUAUUUUUCCUAACUUCUCGAGCCUUUGCCAAGCAUUACGACAAGCUGAAAGACCUGACUCCGUUAGAUAUGGCACAUUCAGACUUCAGUACAUCAGAUGACUGGGUCAGGUUGAGUGCAGUACUGGGGCAGCCCGUUACGAAUCAGGAGCAAACAUCACCCAGAGAAGCGCCCACUAACUUUAGUCAGAGAUUGAAAAAGUACAAGAAGAUUUUCCGAACAUGCUGUAUGCUUUCCUUCAUCAUGGGUCUAUCAUGGGUGCUAGAGGUGGUCUCCUGGGCGGCUGGAUCUGGUUCCACCGCGGUGUCGGUGUGGUCCAUCUUCGAUCUCAUCAACGCUCUCCAAGGAGUAAUGAUCUUUGCCAUUUUCGUGUUGCAGCAACCCGUUCGAUCUUAUGUUAAGUCUUCAAAAUUCUUCUCAACGUGUCGAAGUAAAAGGAACAGCUCCGAGGUUUCAGUUGUGAGUGAAUGGAAUAGCAAUCCAGGACAAGGAAGAAGAGACUAUGUAUAGAGUGGAUUAUGUUUGGUUUACAAUAAGAGGUGACUUCAAUUCUGUAGUUUUAAUCAAUACAAAUUUGUUGUAGGUAGUUCUGCUAGGAUGUUGUAUUUGUUGUGUUGAUUUCUUUUAUACCUCACGUUGGUUACUGGUGGUAGGACUUCUUGUGAGUCCGCACGGGUAGGUACAACCACCCUGCCUAUUUCUGCCGCGAAGCAGUAAUGCGCUUCGGUUCGAAGGGUGUGGCAGCCUUUGUAACUAUACUUGAGACCUUAGAACUUAUAUCUCAAGGUGGGUGGCGCAUUUACGUCGUAGAUGUCUAUGGGCUGCAGUAACCACUUAACACCAGGUGGGCUAUGAGCUCGUCCACUCAUCUAAGCAAUAAAAAAUAAAAUAAAACAAAACGUUAUCAAAGAUAUUUGCCUCGCCUCUUAUUGUGAACGAGGCUUAAGAAUAUCGGGUGAAGUGACAAGCGAGACUGAAGAUAGGAACAGUAUUAUUUUCUAAGAUCGAUGGCAGAUGUUCAUUCAAUGUUUUAGAUUACAAUUUAUUUACAUAGUGAUGCCCAUCAAUCUUCUGCGGGAUUUGACUUGGAUUUUACGUCAAUCGCGAACUUCUAGAAACUUCUAGGCUUUGAUGUAGAAUUGAAGUUUUUUCCAUCAAGUAUAUAUUGUGUUUUUGCAUCGCAUAAUACGACUAUUCUGGUUUUCGAUAAGUAAUACGCAACUAGAACGUACUUAGAAAAAGUAUAUGGCCCCAGUAUUUUACUUCCUAUGAACAGGGCGUUUUAUUCACAAUUUACAGUCUAAGAGUUCACGUGGCGACUUUAUCAUAAAAAGAUUUGUCGUAUUAAAUAAAACUUAACUAUAAUAUAUUUUCUGCUUUAAAACUCAAUGAACAUUGCUAUAGAUCUUCAUAGUUGUAUGAAAAUUUUCUGAAACUUCUUGAGGGAUCUGAGUACGUGGCGAUGCAAACGAAAUAAUAUUUUAAAGAAAUUAUGUUAUUGUAAUUUUGUAUGAAAGGAACUUUUCGCAGGUAAAACACAUUUUUGGCUGCGUUUUACCAUGCAUUCGAUUCGGCUGAGCCUGAAAACGUUUUUGCUAUAAUAAUAAAAGGAAAACCUUUUACUUUUGAUUAAUAAAAUUCAUAAUGAUAAUUAUUCAGCAGUAAGACUACAAGCUUAAGUAUAAUUGAAGCACAAUGACUUUCGCUAGUGAUAGAAGAUGAAGAUGAAUCAUAUAAGUAUGAAAGAGUAACUGUAAUGAAAGAGUAUCCUUGACAGAAACGGGGAUUGGUACAUUUAGCUACCUUGUAGAUAGAUGGUAAGAAAACCAGGAAAAAAAAAUCUGUUACUGCAGAGUAUUUUAAAAAUUGCAUACAGUUACAUUCAAUUAUCUAACUAAAGACACUUUGAAAUUCGAAACAUUUUGAUUCUUUCAAACUACGAUAAAUAAUAAUUGUGCUUAUAAAAUAUUUCCCGUUUGCAUCGACCUCAUAAUCAGUAUACAGGAUGUUUUAAAAUGUCUAUGAAAAAUAUUUAUUCCUGUGAUAGCUAACGUUAUGCAACAUAAAAUUCAACUGUUUUUUUUUUAAAUUAAUUAACAAAUUUAGUAAAAAAUAUUAUUUGUCUUUUUAUUCCUAACUACGCUUGUAUCAUACAAAAUAUCGUAUUAUUAAUUAUUUGUGUUAUUGACUAGUGAAUUGCACGUUCUAAAAACCUAUUUUAUGUAGUGUGGGUACUUCAUGAUUCUCUGGUACUCUCGAACAAUUACCAAAUAAAAAAACCUAUACUUAUUUUAGAAUUCUAAUUAAAUGUUUGUAGAAUAACAUUAUAAUUUUCACAUAAUGCAAAUCCAGCAUCAAUUCUUGUGAAAUAUUAUCCAUGACAAUAUACAUAUGUAGAUAGAUAAUCCUCAUUGUAGACAUUCGUAAAUAAAAAAAUCAUACAUAACAACCUCUACUUACCUUUUGUAAAUUUUUCUUUCAUUGUUGUUUUACUAAAUAUGCUUUGUAUGAACGGUUGUUAAUAGUCUAAGUACAAAUAGAUAUUUUUAUAUAUUAAUGUACGACCAAGUAACGGCGAUAAGCACGCGUUAGACUUAUAAGUAGUUUGAAGGUAUGUGUCAUUUGAAAGGUAAAAAAAAACACAUACAAAAAAAUUAUCAGUUUUUUUACUAAAAUAAAAUAAAUGUGUACGAAAAUUAAAAUAAACUGCAGUGUUUUGGAUAAUUUUUUAAUUUUAUUCUACAUGCGUGGAUAUAGGCUGAAUGUGAGAAAAAAAUAGUGCCAUAGUGUUUCACAACAUUUAAUUUUCAGCAAUCUUAUAUAUUUAUUUUCGGUAAGCUAGUCAUAAUCUCUAAUAUUAACGAAAAAUCCACUUUCAUAUUAUUUACAAUUAUGUUAUGUGUCUUGAUGUAAAAUAGAAUAAAAAGUUAGAAGAUAGUGCACGAUAACAAUUAUAUAAACAAAUUAAUCUUUUAAUACUUUGAAAACAUCAAGGCCUAAAUAAACUAGUUGUUGGAUAAGACUGGUGGUAUGAAUUGACAUACGUAAAUAACUGAAUUAUUAUUCUUUUUGGAUAAUUAAUAGGAAUGUCAACUUCUUAGACCACUGAACUAGGUUUCAGGUCGACUUGGUCACUUUUUUAAUUUUAAGCUUAUAACAUUUUAGAAAGAAAAACAAUCUCCUUAAAUUGUUCCAAAAAUUCCUUAAAAUUGAAAAUUAAUGGACAAUAAUUAGAAUUAAUAAAAUUAAUUAUUUUAGUUUACUUUCUAUUCAAAUAAGUGGUUCUUGCCUUCUUAAUAUUUUAAAUGGAAAUUAUUUAAUAAAAUAUUUAUUUGUUUCGUGUUGAUUUCAUAAAAACCCAUAAGUUCGAAUAUACGUAAUUUAAAUUUAAAUUGUCUAGUUUUUAGAAUGUUAAAAUGUAAAAAAUAUAUGUAAAUGUAAUAACUGUGUAAUAUGUAAAACUAAAUAAGUGUAUAUGUAUAACUUAUGUCUAAUUAAGUGUAAAAUAUAAUUAUGUGUGUAACAGUAACUACUAUGUAUAGUAAUUGUUAAACGUUGAGGCGAAAUUUUAAGCGGAGAUAUGAUAAUUGAAAUUGUAUAUUUGUCUAUUUUGCAGAAUAUGACGUUAAAUAAACAAGCUUUAUACAAA